CGAAAAAAGAAAAGAACCGACUUAUCCUUAACACGCACCCUUCGCGAUAAACUGGCGCUUAUCGAUAAAAGUGUAUUGCCAGCCUCAAAAAAAGUGUCCAACGAAGAAUGUUGCCGUGCUCCUCCAGAAAGUUAGACAAUUUCAAGAUCGAAAUGGUGGAAUGGUAACGAGUAUAUGUAUUUCACGAUAUUAAAAAUUACAUGCGAUUGGCAAACGAAUAAUAAGAGAAACGCGUUGUUCAGGCAAGGCACCUACGCGCUAGGGCCGGACCUGGGCAAGUCGUACCGAGGCUGCGCGACCUAGCACGAACCAAGGCUAGGUAGCCUACCACAACCUGGGUGGACGGAGCGAGAUUGUGGAGAAAGUGUGAGAGAGUGAGCGAGCAAGAGAGUAGGUGUAAUCGCACGCCUGCGAAUGUCGGAACUCUCGGGAGCAGGGAGCAGAGACCGUACAACCGGCGAGUCAGUCGACUAUUAGUGGUCUGUGACUCUGGAGGUAGCCCGACCACCGCAGAACCGAGCCCGACGCAGCUCGGUUGCGUUCGGUCGGUAGUCGGGGCCAGUCGGGCGCUCCGUUGCUCUUUUCGGUCUGCUCGUUUUCCUCAGUCCGUCGUCGUUGCGCAUCGAGAGCAGUUGUAUAUCUUUCCUUUUUUGUUUCGUUAAAACGCAACGAGCAAGUACCUUUCUUGAACGCGCUAUGUGACGGAUAUCACGGGGCACCGUGCGUACCCCGCCUCUUUUGUACAUCAUUUCCACCCUCUCCUUUUACCCCAGCAAAAAGCGAGAGAGACACAGAGAGAAAGAGCACGUUGUAAACGCAGGCACGUACCGUACGCCAACGGAGGGGCCACGAGGGCCCCGUGCAACUGUGCCUAGGAAAACAUGGAGUGUCCACAUCUUGCUCAAAGCGUCCAAUUCGGCGGUAAUGACGUAGAAGCUAACUGUACAAAGGAUCUACCAUUCGUCUGCGCAGUGUGCGGCACCGAGAAAAGUACGUGGCUGUGUCUGUACUGCGGAGCCGUUCACUGCGGACGAUACGUGGCAGGCCAUGCGUUAAAGCAUCACGAAGAAAAUACUCAGCACUGCGUUUGCAUCGACUGUGAGAACCUUGCAGUAUUCUGUUACACAUGCGACGAAUAUGUCGUCAACGACACGACGACCGGCCAAAUCGAGAAGAUACGUCGCGUCACGUUCCGCAAGGACGAGCACAAAGAGAACGAGGAGAAUUGGAACACGUCGUCGUCGACGACACCGUCCUCGAUGAGGGAGAACAGCGACAACGAUAAUGACGCGGACGCCUUGUGGAAGGCGGAAGUGGUGGUAAGGAACCUACGGCCAAGGACGGCGCGGAAAAGGCUGCACUCGUUGGACGGCACCAGCGGGGACAAUCGGCCAGCGACCAAGCGUAGGAGCUCGAAGAUAACCAAAGAGAAGAAGGUCGUCGGCCUGAGGAACCUGGGCAACACCUGUUUCAUGAACGUCGUGUUGCAGUCCUUCAACAACAUCAGCCACUUCUGCGAGUACCUCACGCAGAUGCCGUGUCUCGAGGGCAUACCUUUCGACGAGCCGCCCACGCACAGGGGGCGAAUAGUGACCCCAGGAAGGGCGAAAGAGUUCAUGAACGACGCCUUGUUGGCCGAGGAGCUCAGGAAGGUUCUGUUAGGCCUUAACCUCGGCGGUUCGAACGGUCAAGCAAUCUCCCCCGAAUGUUUGUUCCUCGUCAUCUGGAAGGUCGUGCCAAGAUUUCGGGGCUACCAACAGCAAGACGCUCACGAGUUUCUCACCUACAUGCUCGACAGGCUGCACACGGAGCUGCUGCAGUUGCUGCCCAGACUAGGGCACGAACCCCUCGGUCUGCGCGGUAAGCAGAGCAUCGUCACGGCCGUGUUUGGAGGCACCCUUCUUAGCGUGGUCCACUGCAUGAACUGCCGUACAGAUUCCAAGACGCACGAGCCUUUCCAGGAUCUUUCCUUGGACAUACCAGACAGGCUGCAGAGACGAACGAAAGAACAGGAAGAGGUAUGCAGUCUAACCUACAGUUUGUCCAGAUUCUUCAAGGUUGAAGAGCUGGCUGACAGUGAACUGUACUUCUGCGAUAACUGUAUGGGAAAGCAGAGGUCCACUAAGAGGUUCUGGAUACACAGGCUGCCUAAUGUGUUGUGCCUUCACAUUAAAAGAUUUAGGUGGUGCAAUUCCUAUCGCUCCAAGGUGGACACACAGGUGGAUUUCCCCAUGAAAUCGCUUGACAUGUCUGCAUUCACAGUACGUGGCAUGACUGGGACUAAAUUGGGCGCUUCGAAUAGCCACCUGUAUGACUUAGCUGCUGUUAUCGUGCACCAUGGUUCUGGUGCUGGAACUGGACAUUACACUGCCUUCGCUGUUCACGACGGACAAUGGUUUCACUUUAACGACAGUUCUGUACGCCCAGCAACCACAGACGCGGUCGCCAAGUGUAAACCGUACAUUCUAUUUUACGUGCGGAAAGAAUUCUCCAUUCCACCCCCUUUGUGACGUUAUUUCCCCAAUCAGUCCCGUCCUGACGGUGCGAGCAUCGACCACGACGACGAUGAUAAACGGACGAGCAAGAAGUAAGCGAACCUGAACGGGAUGCAGCAUGGUAAAUGGCCAAACGAACGAAUAAGAAGACCUCGAUAAUUGUUUCUAAAAGAGUAAAGGAAGAAAUGUCCCUCCUUUUUUUAUUCAAUUUAGCAUGUGUAUCUUUUGUUGCCGCAAAUCCUCUGCGAUAUAGCGAGGUCGUAGAACUAGCACACAAAAUGUUAAAAGGGUAAUUUAUGAGAAAAGGACCUGGAGCAAAGGGUUAUGUAUAGUAAUAUGGUUUAUAAUUGUUUCAUAUUUUUAUGGGCCAUUUCUACAUUUUCAGAGUUCUAAAGUUAGAAGUGUCAAA